AUGAAUUCGUGUCUCGAAAAGGUCCUGCGCAAGAAGCCAAUCAGAUGUCCUCUCUGUCAGGAACCCUUCGCCCUAGGUGACCCCAAACCCCUCUACCAUCAAUGCCUCGAGGACGUCGUACGAGCACUGCCGGAUAAGUCCGCCUUCUGUGCCCUGUGUGAACGACUUUUUGAGAACAGAUAUAAAGACCUGCAGUCCUCCGACCUAGCGAGUGGCCCCGUGUGCGCCGAGUGCGCGGCGAAGCAGGCAACUUCGGAAAAAACUGAGGAGAAGCAGUAG